AUGGAGGCGGGAGAAGCAGGCGGCAGCAGCAGCUCUAUGGUCACUGAGGACAUGAACGGCUCUGGACUCAUGGACUUCCUGGACGAGCCGUUUCCCGACGUUGCUAAGUACGAAGACUUUCACACCAUCGACUGGUUACGAGAGAAGAGCCGUGAUACAGACCGUCACCGCAAGAUUACCUCCAAGAGUAAGGAGUCCCUGUGGGAGCUGAUCAAGAGUCUCCUGGACGCCUGGUCUGGAUGGGUUGUGAUGCUGCUGAUCGGACUGCUGUCAGGCUCUCUUGCUGGUGUGAUAGACCUUGCAGUGGACUGGAUGACAGACCUGAAGGAGGGGGUGUGUCUGACAGCGUUCUGGUACAGUCAUGAGCAGUGUUGCUGGACCUCCAACCAGACCACCUUCGCCGACAGAGACAAGUGUCCAGAGUGGAGGAAGUGGGCAGAGCUAAUGACCGGAAGUGCCACGGGCGGGGGGGCGUACCUCCUGAACUACUUCCUCUACACCCUCUGGGCUCUGUUCUUCUCGUUUCUGGCCGUGUCUCUGGUUCGAGUCUUUGCUCCUUACGCCUGCGGCUCUGGGAUCCCAGAGAUUAAGACCAUCCUCUCUGGUUUCAUAAUUCGUGGAUACCUGGGGAAGUGGACUCUCCUGAUAAAGACUGUGACGCUGGUCCUGGCGGUGUCUUCUGGUCUGAGUCUGGGGAAAGAGGGCCCCCUGGUUCACGUCGCCUGCUGCUGCGGCAACUUGUUCUGCUCGCUUUUCUCCAAGUACAGCAAGAACGAAGGCAAACGACGAGAGGUCCUGUCUGCGGCUGCAGCAGCGGGUGUGUCGGUGGCCUUUGGAGCUCCAAUAGGAGGCGUCCUCUUCAGCCUGGAGGAGGUGAGUUACUACUUCCCGCUGAAGACCCUGUGGAGGUCUUUCUUCGCCGCGCUGGUGGCGGCGUUCACGCUGAGGGCUAUAAACCCGUUUGGGAACAGCCGGCUGGUGCUGUUCUAUGUAGAGUACCACACUCCCUGGUACAUGGCGGAGCUGGUCCCCUUCAUCCUGCUGGGGGUUUUCGGCGGCCUGUGGGGGGCGUUCUUCAUCCGAGCCAACAUCGCAUGGUGCCGGCGCCGCAAGACCACACUGCUGGGGAAGUACCCGGUCAUAGAGGUUCUGGUGGUCACUGGUGUCACUGCUCUCUUGGCCUAUCCAAACCCAUACACUCGUAGAUCCACGUCUCAGCUGAUCUCAGAGCUGUUUAAUGACUGUGGAGCUCUGGAGUCGUCUCAGCUCUGUGACUACAUCACCAGCAACAGCACCAGCCGAGCUCUGGACGACAUCCCAGACCGCCCAGCUGGUCCUGGGGUCUACUCCGCCCUUUGGCAACUCACUCUGGCCCUGGUAUUUAAGAUCCUCAUCACCAUCUUCACCUUCGGCAUGAAGAUCCCCUCUGGUCUCUUCAUUCCAUCCAUGGCGGUGGGAGCGAUUGCUGGUCGUAUCGUGGGUAUUGCGGUGGAGCAGAUGGCGUACCAUCAUCACGACUGGAUCAUCUUCAGAAGUUGGUGUCGACCAGGAGCAGACUGUGUGACACCUGGUCUCUACGCCAUGGUGGGAGCAGCCGCCUGCCUGGGGGGCGUGACCAGAAUGACUGUCUCUCUCGUGGUCAUUAUGUUCGAGCUGACUGGAGGUCUGGAGUAUAUUGUUCCGUUGAUGGCGGCGGCGGUGACCUCGAAAUGGGUGGCAGACGCCUUCGGGAAAGAGGGAAUCUACGAGUCUCACAUCCAACUGAACGGAUACCCUUAUCUGGACAUCAGGGACGAGUUCACACACAGGACCCUGGCUGCAGACGUGAUGCGCCCCCGCAGGUCGGACCCCCCUCUGGGCCUCCUCACUCAGGACAGCACCUCAGUGGAGGAGGUGGAGGCUCUGAUCAAAGACACAGACUUCAACGGGUUUCCUGUCGUCGUGUCUCGAGAGUCUGAGAGGCUCAUCGGCUUUGUGCAGAGACGGGACCUCACUCUGGCUAUAAAAAGCGCCCGUCAGAAGCAGGAUGGUGUGGUCAGCAGUUCUGUGGUUUACUUCACGGAGGACGCUCCGAUCCUCGCGCCGUCAAACCCUCAACCUCUGAAGCUGAGGCGCAUCCUCAACCUCAGCCCCUUCACCGUCACAGACCACACCCCCAUGGAGACCGUGGUGGACAUCUUCAGGAAGCUGGGCCUGAGGCAGUGCCUGGUCACCAGGAGCGGGCGUCUGUUGGGAAUCAUCACCAAGAAGGACGUUCUCCGACACAUGGCCCAGAUGAUGAACCAGGACCCAGAGUCUAUCAUGUUCAACUGA